CCGAGAUCAGAUGAGAUCGGGCGCGUUCAGGGUGGUAUGGCCGUAGACUCCAUUGGUGAUAUCUAAAGGCAAAAGAAUCCUGCACCAAUUUUCUCUGCUUUGCUGCUGAGCUCAGAGAAGGAGUGCACACACCUGCCCUUCAGCACGGAGGGCAGGAGGCGGCUGGGAGAGCGGCUCCGAAAGUCAGGGUGGCCCCUGGGAGCAGAAGAGCAAGUGUGGGCCGAGGGUUGGGGCCCAUUGUGGCUGCACUCCGACCCGUUGAUAAAGUAUUCCGUGUGGGUAGACCACAAUGCCUAAAACACCAGAAUCUGGGUGUCCAUACUCACUUGGGACAGAGCCUCAGUUUCCUACUCCUCUGCCCUGUUCCCCAAACCACCCACCGUCUCCUCAUGGUCCUGCGUGGUGGGGUUGAGGGCCCUCAGUGUUCCUCCAGUGCUCUUCCCACCAAGGCCCUCAGCCUGCCUGCUCUCCUGGAUGUGCCUUUCUGAAACAGAGCCUCUAGGAAAGCAAGGCCCUGCGUGGCUGCUGGGGUUCCAUGGCCCUUCCUUGUGAGUCACCUGUGAGCGACCAUUGGCCCCAACCAAAGCCUCCCAUGUUCUUCUUUAUUUUGUCCUUUCCCAUUUUAUAAGGUGUCUGGCCUGAACUCUGGCCAUCUGCCCAGAAUAUUGUGAAGUCUGCUCCAUGCCCGCCAAUAGCCCAAGGCUGAGGGGCUCAACCUUGCCGGUGUCUCUAGGGGCCCCGUCUGGGUGGAUCCCUAGCUACCUGAAGGGGGCUUGCCAGGCAGACGUGGUACCGUCCCCGUGGUUGUCUGCUAUAGCUGGCGCGUCCCCUUUACCUAUGGUGCAGGCGGCAGGUCUGGCCUUCACCAGGGACAGAUGUAGCGUGGGUGGCUGUCCCCAGGGGGAGUGGCUAGUGGGUCUCUGCCUCCUGUGCCUGGCCUGGGGACUGCCUGUGUUCUUACCUGGAAAUUCACUUAAAGGGCCGCAGACUCCUCCUGGUAUGAGGACCCAAGAACACUAUACGCAGAUGGGGCCUCCCCUGUGCCCACCUCCAUCAGGGCUGUCUGGGAGAGUAUGCGGGGAGGAGGGCUGUGACUAGCAGGUCCCCAGGCAGGAGGGCCAGACCCAGCACCUGCUCUGUGCACCUGAGGGAGCAGCCCCAGGGGACUGCCCCAAACAGAAGGUCUGCCUUCCCCCAGCACUGAGAUGAGCCGGGCCACUGGGACACAUGGCUAAGCUCUUGAAGGCCCCCAUCAGCAAUGGGGGGCAAUAGCAGCACCCCCAAACUGAGGAGAGGGUGGGUAAGCCAGGAGGGGCAGGUCUGCACUAAUGCCGAGGGGCUGUGAGCCCCCAAGCCUGCUACGGGGCUUCCUGGCAGGCUGCAAAGCGCAGAAACCCACUGCCCUACGCCUGGCUCUCUUCCCUCCCCCUUCUCUCCCCUCCUCCUCACCCCACCCUAUCCCUGCCCUGUCUCAGAUGCCGGAGGCCCCACCCCUGCUGUUGGCGGCCUUCUCAUUGGGCCUGGUGCUGCUGGUGCUUCUCUGCCUGCGACGCUGGGGCUUGGGCAAACUCCUUAUCUCCUGGAACGAGUUGGUCCUACAGCCCCUCUACAACCUGUUCAUGGGCGACACCAAGGAGCAGCGCAUCCUGCGUCAUGUGCUGCAACACGCAGUGGCCGGGGACCCGCAAAGUGUGCUGGAGGCCAUCGAUACCUAUUGCUCACAAAAGGAGUGGGCUAUGAAUGUGGGUGACAAGAAAGGCCAGAUCUUGGAUGCAGUGGUGCAGGAGCAGCGCCCAUCAGUGCUGCUGGAGCUGGGCGCCUACUGCGGCUACUCGGCCGUGCGCAUGGCCCGCUUGCUGGAGCCCGGGGCCCGCCUGCUCACCAUUGAGCUCGACCCUGACUACGCUGCCAUCACCCAGCAGAUGCUGGACUUCGCGGGCCUGCAGGACAGGGUCACCGUUGUGGUCGGGGCAUCCCAGGAUGUCAUCCCCCAGCUGAAGAAGAAAUACGACGUGGACACACUAGACAUGGUCUUCCUCGACCACUGGAAGGACCGGUACCUGCCGGAUACGCAGCUCCUGGAGGAGUGUGGCCUGUUACGGAAAGGGACAGUGUUGCUGGCUGACAACGUCAUCUGCCCAGGAACACCAGAAUUCCUGGCAUACGUGCGUGGGAACAGACACUUUGAGUGCACACACUUCCCUUCAUACCUGGAGUACUCAAAGGAAAUAGAUGGCCUAGAGAAGGCUGUCUACCUUGGCCCGGGCACCCCAACUCAGCCUUGACCACCCACCCUGCUCCUGGAUCCCUUGCCAAGCCUGCUUAUGAAGGGCACCAGGGAUGUGCUCCUGCCAAGCCACUUUUGUGGCUCUGGGGUCAAAUGUACGACACUUGAGGCCUCUGAGCCACAAGCCUGCUGGUCCUGGCCCCUCUAGAGGGCAACUCUGGGCUGUCACCCCUGGUCUGCCCCAAGUGCAGCCAACUCACCAUACACAGUCACUGCAAUAAAUCUGUAAAGUAUGUUUGUGAGUACCAAAUCAGGAUGGGUGGUGCCCGUGACAGUGUCUCUCACUCCCACCAGCAUUUCAAUCAAUAGGGUUUCUUACACGGAUAGGUCUUCAGGCAUCAACUUUGCAGUAGACCCUUGGUGUAGGAACAUUUGGAAACCAAUGGACUGUGCACUCGUAGUCUGUUCUUGAGGUUUGCCGUCACCAGGUGGCAGCAAUGCCUCAGUGAUGGCACCAUGCCCAACAACUCACACCCACUUGUGAUUCCUGGGUUCUUUGACUUCAUUUUUAAGAAUGAAAUGCAACUUCUUUACUAAAAUCAGCUAUUAACAAUCUUGUAUACCGGUAUCAUGUUUAAAAGAAGCUAAAAGAGGAAUUAAAAUUUUAAAUAUUUACAAAGA